AUGUCAAACGAAAGAAAGCGCACAUUCGAGCAUUCACAGGAUAUAGACGAACCAAUUAAGAGAGUGUCUGUAGCUAGUGAGAAUGGUGGAAGUCCAUUGCAUUCGGAUAAAAAUGGACACACAAUCAAUAGUGAGAGACGGUUAAAUGGCAAAGAGCGGAUCCGAGUGGCCAGAGCUUGCGACCGGUGCAAACGUAAAAAGACCAAAUGCGACGGACAAAAACCAUGCGUGGCCUGUAAAAAGGGUGACUUAGAUUGCAUUUAUACUGCUGGCUCUGCAGGACCCGUGAACAAUCGAACACCUCCCAGUCCUGCUAACCUCCCGCAACCGAGCUAUUAUGCGAGAUCAGUAUCACGGUUAGAUGGAUAUGAUAUGAACAGCUUACCAAAUACCGGUCUCAGAAGAUUUUUGUCUGGAUUAUCGUCUGCUCCGACCUCGGGUUUUGGUAUAUCUGGUUCUUCGACUGAAGAUCUGCCUGUCAUGAUGAGAAUUCUUCAACGUUUAGACGCUCUUGAAAGUUCCCAUGACAAUAGGGGCUCUAAAGAUCGGUUUGAAAGCGCUACAGGUUCAGAUCAGGUCCGCGCUGUUAUUGAUUCAGAGUCUAGUUCUCGCUCUGUGAGGGCCCCAAAUGAAGAAACCAACAUUCAUCCUAGUACAGAAGGUAGGAAUAAGAAUAACUCCCAUAUGCCGCUCGACAUGAGGACCGUGACAGUGGUAAAUCCUACAGAUCUAGCCUAUGAAUUAUCUCAUUAUAUGGAAGAACAACGUGUCAAAGAAUUAAACGGCACUUACAAUUUUAAUAUUCACAAAAUGCGCUAUACGAAGAGAUAUGUAUCUAUACUACCCAGCAUUCUAGGUACCACAUUAUAUCGGAAUUUGUCCCCAGAAAACCAAAAAAAUGUCGUGGUUCCUCGUGUUCAAGGUUAUGGAUGGAACAUGAGUGGCCGCCACUAUCUGCCAAUGCGUACCAUUGAAAUACCACCACCUGACUUAAUAAGCGAAAGCCUGUCUCGCUCACUUUUACAAUACUUCUUUGACAAAGUAAAUCCUCUGUAUUCUACACUUCACAGGCCAAUGUUCUUGCAACAAUUCGAAAGUUAUUUGAAGACAGAGGACAAACGAGACUGUCUAUUAUUUAUGGGCAUGUUUUUUGUUGUCUGCGCAGUUGCAAUGAGAUUUUCUGAAAUCGAAGAGCACAAGGAGUAUAGGGAAGGGCUUGAAGAAGAACUGUUUCAGCAUGGACACUCUAUUAUUCAGACAUUUACAUUUCAAUGGGAGUCUGUUGAGCUUGUUCAGGGAUGGCUUCUUAUCACUUGCUAUCUUCGGAUAUGUCAUCGCCAAUCGUCCACCUGGAUGGCUUUAGGGAACGCUGUGAGAUUGUGUCAAGGAAUGGGUGUAAUGAAAAAAUUUUGGUCUCCGUCGAUACCUGCUUAUGAACUUCUCAAGCUAACGCGUGUAUUUUGGUGCUGUUAUACGUGGGACCGAUUUCUUGGAAUGGAUUUCGGUCGAGCUUUCACAAUAAGGGAUGAAGAAAUUCAAAUUGACCGCCCCACACAAUACAAGGAUGAUGGAUGGUUUUCUGAAACUUCCUAUGUAGUUUUACAACUGGCAUUUGCUGUAAGCCCGGUAGUACAAGACUUUUUCAGAGGGGGCCUUUCAGUUAAUGGAGCCAAUGCCAUCUAUGAUGCAAUUCUCGAUUGGAAUGAGAAUAUUGCGAAGCCCAUGGGAUAUGGAUCAGAUAAUGACUACAUAUCCCAACCCGUAGGUAUGGCUGGAACGCGCCCUGAUCCUGCUAUAAUCUGCCAAGUCAGAUUACAAUACCAUGACUGCAUUCUAUACCUCUAUACCAGGGGAGUAUACUCGCUAUUGGAGACUUCGCUCGGAGAUGGUAUACCUAAUGAAUGGCCUAUAGUUGCAAGGUCCUGUAAAGGGAUAAUUCAUGCUUCUGAAGAGUUGGAUAAGGUGGGAAAGCUUGCUACUGCCUGGUGGCUUCGACUUUCCAGUUUAUAUUCUUCAGUACUUUUGUUGUUGGUGUGUGUCAAUGCUGGAUUUGAAACCAAGGAAAUUUUGGAUUAUAUCGCCCGGGGAUUAGCUUUGUUUGAGAAGAUUUCGAGUGAUGGGAGGUUUAGAAUGACCAACGAAUGUUUGUGGUCAUUACGUAUGCUCAAUACGAUGAUAUACCUACGGUUUGGUGAAGCUCAAGCCGCCAUGCGGAAUAUUGGAAUCAAUCCAGGCUAUUCCGAUGUCAAUGACCGACAUUUUGCAUCUAUGGGUGUUUUCAGUAAAGAUGGAAACAUUGUGGCUCCUCAUCAAACAUCUUCAAGUUCUAAUAACUCUACUCCAUUAAAUCCUGUGUCGCCAACUGAUCGAUUCCACCAAAGCAAUAUACAGCCGCAGCCUUCGGCCAGCCAGGUUCCACAGCAGAGUCCAAAUAUUGAAAUACCGCGGCCAAUCCCUAAUAACUACCCCCCUGGCUCGGUACUCCCAGACUUCAAUCAGCCUUCAGUAUCCGAAACAGAGACAUCCGACCAGUUGCUGUUCUCGUCGAGUUUAGAUUGGUUCAGCAGUUGGAAAUGGGAUACCGAGUCGUCAGUGGCUACCUUUUUAGAUAAUAUUUAA